GUGUGUGUGUGUGUGUGUGUGUUCCUCUAUAUAUCCUAUCAUCAACAAUAGGCUUGAAGAGUUGGGGACAAUCUGCAAAUUAGAUCCUGGGAAAUAAUCUGUUAUCAUGCAUCCCUAGUAGGCUGGGUACACUUGCUGUUUAUGCUAGCUGUUUUGCUAGCUAGGUAGUCGGGCUAGCAGUAAAAUUGAGGUGCUCCAUCAACAAUUGUGUGGUAGAUUUUGGGUCUGCACACACAAGAAGGUUAGGAACUAUUAAUCUGGAACAUAUAUAAUGAUUCCCUAUGGUAGGAUUGAUCAUUUUUAUUCAUUAAGAGUGCCUUUUGGUGCUGUCCCACUCAUCCAAAACCAUGCUGUCCCACCCACCCAAACACAGUUUGGGUGGGUGGGACAAAAUAAAAAUAGCCUAAUUCCAUAAAUGUAAACAUAAUCUUAACAUUUUUUUCUGAUUUUAUUGUAGAAGUGCAUCAAAUUCAUGUUUCCAGCAAAUAUUUCUGCAAUAUCUUGGCGAAAACAUUUUUAUAACCUUAUGAUCAUAACAAUCAAAAUCAUUUCAUUCCAUUUUCCUCACCUUGGGUUAUGCAGGGUCAACUUCCUGACUGAUGUUGGCCCCGCCCCCACAUGUGACAUCACACCAAUGAGUGUAAGCAACUCUGAUAAUGUGGUUUCACAGCAAGGCUCAGCAAAAAAAAAAGGUUUUAUUUUCAAUGACCACUCACCCUGAAUUAAUAAGUUCGAACCUAAAUUUGAUAAUUCGAAUAUCAUUAAUAAUUAAUUAAUACUAUUAAUAAUGUUGUAUAUCAUGGCGAAUCCCGUUCGGGCGGAGAUGGCUCGCGCACAAGCCGGGCCAGGACGCAGCGACGGAGGGAGAGGCGCAGACGGAGGAGCCCGCUGCGCCAACACCACUCACUGCGCUGUCUGCGAUGUGUGACCUGUUCGGGGAGACAUACAGGGAGAGUAUUGCACCUGCUGCCUCCCUGCACUGCCUACCCUUUUUGAAGAAGAGAUGAAACGUUACCAGAAUGAGACACCACUACAAGCCGACCAGGAUCCACUGUUGUGGUGGAAAACUACGCACUGAAGUAUCCAGACAUUGCUCAGAUAGCGAGGCAGAAGUUGAUCAUACCUGGCACUUUAGUGAGUGUCAUGAGUCUGUGUUCCCAGUGUGUCUCCCCUCCCCCGUGUCUGUGUCUCCUCUCUCCUAGGGGCGGGUCCAGUGAGCCAGCAGGUGUGCAGGCUACGCACCUGUUCCUCAUUCUCAUCAGUCUCAGUUAAAGCCCGGUCUCUCCAGCCACUCGUCGUCAGAUCGUCCAGUUUCCCAGGCAGAAUCCUCCUCGCUCACCUGCAUUCUGCCUGCGCCUGCUGGAUCUGCCCCCGUCCUUCACCGUGCCUCUCCGUUGUGCCCCACCACCUCGUCUCUCCACCCCGCCUUCGCCCUGCCUCACUGCACUGCCUCGCCAUCCAGCCACAACAUUCAAUUAAAGCACCUUUAACCGAUUCCUGUCUCCGAGUCUCGCUUUUGGGUCCCACUCUCAGCUGUUUAACGUGACAGUGAGGUCAAAACGGUAUGGAAUUGUUCUGGACGCCGGUUCAUCCCACACCUCCAUGUACAUCUACAAAUGGCUGGCUGACAAGCAAAAUGACACUGGUAUUGUUACCCAGCACAGCGAGUGUCAUGGAGAAGGUGGAGGGAUAUCCAGUUAUGCAGGUGCUCCUGGUGAUGCAGCGCAAAGUCUGGACGCCUGUCUGGAACAAGCUGUGAAGGAUAUCCCCAAAUCCAGGCACCAUCAAACUCCACUCUAUCUGGGAGCUACUGCAGGCAUGAGACUCCUGAACGAAGUCAAUGCGACAGAGUCUCAGCGGGUGCUGAAGGAAGUGGAAAACAAGCUGCGGUCUUACCCUUUCGACUUCAAAGAGGCGAGAGUGCUGAGUGGAAAGGAGGAGGGGGCUUACAGUUGGGCCACAGUCAACUACUUACUUGAGAACUUUGUCAAGUAUGGUUUUGUCGGGCGUUGGCUGAAUCCAGGCAGAGAGACAACUGGAGCUUUGGAUUUAGGCGGAGCUUCCACACAGAUCACUUUUGAGACCUCGGAAGAGGGGGAGGACAAAGACAAUGUGAUGGAGCUGAAGCUUUAUGGACGAACCUACAGACUAUACACCCAGAGCUUCCUGUGCUACGGCCAAGUGCAGAUCCUGCAGAGGCUGCUGGCUCAUCUUAUCACGACUCAAGGUGUGAAACCCGUGGUGUUACAUCCCUGCUAUCCACGACAGUACAACACAUCUAUCAAGCUGGGAGAGGAUGUCUUUGAUUCUCCGUGCACUAAGCGCUACAGACCAGCCCAGUUCGACCCCCAGAUGUCUGUAUCAGUGGUGGGCACAGGAGAUUAUCAGAGCUGCCGGGACAACGUAAAAUUGUUGUUCUCCUUCGACAACUGUUCUUACUCCAAGUGCUCCUUUGAUGGAGUCUUUCAGCCCACCCUGAGAGGAAGAUUCAUGGCAUUCUCUGCCUUUUUCUACACACUUAGCCAAAUGAACCAACUCACCGACAUCUCCAUCACAUCCCCCAGCCGAAUGGAGGAGGCAAUCGUACGAAUCUGCAACAUGACCUUCUCUGAGUUGACUGAAAAUCCAAACCUGAAGGAGAAAUUCAUAAAGCAUUCCUGCGCCAUGUCCAAUUACAUCCGCGUCCUCUUACUGCAGGGCUACGGUUUCAAUGAGCGCUCCUUUUCUUCCAUCUCUUUUCAGAUAAAGGCAGGAGGAGCAUCUGUAGGCUGGGCUUUAGGGUACAUGCUGAAUCUGAGCAAUAUGGUACCAGAAGAGAGACUUGGACUGAUGAAGGCUCUGCCCAUAGGGCCCUGGAGGGGCAUUCUCUUCCUCUUCAUUGCCAUCCUCCUUAUUGUGCUGGGAUACCUACUGAUGAUGAUCUACAGGAAUUUAAAAACUAAAGAGGGCAUGGUGUAAGAGCAACGGUGACCCACCUCUCAGUCCAAUUCAUAUUCCUCUGAAAGCAGAUGUAUUCUUUAUUGUCCUUUUCCAAGGAAAUUUGUCUGAUCACAGUCUGCACAGAGCCUCACAUAAACAGGAAUACACACACCAUAACUACACGAAAGACAUCAGAUACAUCUACAUUAAUAAAUAUACACACAUAGCACCUACACACAUUACAGUUAUCUGCGUGAAGAAUGGGUUGAGGGGGAAUCAUGGGGUCGUGUAUUUUAGUGUGUGCUCUGCAUGUGAUGGCUUUGCUAUUGAGGUCUGAGACGUUAGGGGUGGGGAGGUCAAUUUAUUUGUGGCCAUUGUGUGUGAUUUGCAUGAGUUUCUGCUGGAGGGAGUUAAAGGGUAACUUCGGUAUUUUCCAGCCUGAACAAUAUUUUCCCUUUUUUGUGUCUAAGUGACUAAUUAGGACAACACUUUUUGAAAUUGGUCCACCAUUGAGCAAGACCGCUGCAGCCUGCAACGGCGAAACGACUGCUGCUUCCUUAUCCCACCAGUGUUGUCACAGGUCAGCUUAGGACCCAAAUGCAAACACAACCAGGAAACUGGAUGGUUAGAGGCAGUUUAUUGUAGUUCAUAAAAGUGGUGCUGAAGGCUUAAAUGAAAUGAUGGCUGAGGCGGGCACGGAGUUCAUCCUAAUAUCCCUCCUCGGCUCCUCCGUCCUCUAUCCUCGAUCACUUGAGCCGGAAAUUGAUUGAGACUCACCAUCUUGUAGGACGUCUCAAUACGUUAAAUGCACUUGGAGGAGUCGAGGAGCUGGGGAGAGGGGAGGCUUUCAGCGGGGAGGGAAGUGAGUAGCCUAUAGACGAAUUCGGCAAGCGA